AUGGCGUUGAUGAGUGGAAAUUCGUGUGCUGCCGGAUGUGCGGGCACUUGUGACAGAUACUCCUCUGUUUGCACCGGAUGUGACGAUGGAUUGUACGGACCACAGUGUUCGCUAAUCUGCGGAAAAUGUUCUCCAAUUAGAUGUGACCAAAACACAGGCUCGUGCAGCGUCUGUCAGAACGGUUACUACGCCGGCGGAUGCAACACCCCGUGCCUGUUCGCGAACUGUGACACUUGCAACAAAGACAGCGGCCAGUGCAGUACGUGCAAGACUGGUUUCUACGGAACCCGGUGUGACCUGAGUUGUAGCCCUAACUGCGCCGCUAACAUCAACGGUGUGAUAUCGUGCAGUAAAGAUCUCGGGCUCUGUGAUGAGCAGAGAUGCAGGCCGGGAUACUGGGACACCACGUGCACUAUUCAGUGCAGCGCCACCUGUCUAAGGGACAGCGCCGGUAACCGGAUAUGCCAGUUCAGCAACGGCACUUGUAUCGUGGGAUGUGAGGAUACCUACUUCGGGUCGGAGUGCGGUCAGAGCUGCAGCGCCGCCUGUGUAGCCAGACAGUGCGGUCGCACAGGUGUGUGCUCCGCCCAGGGUUGUGUAACGGGUCGCUAUGGUGACAUGUGCGAGUUCUCAUGUUUGGACACGUGCAACGACAACACGUGCGGCAGGACUUCCGGUGUAUGUGAUGAAUGCAACAAACUUCCACAGCUGCAGAGCGCGUUAUGCAGAACGGCAGGAAUGCGUAUUUUCUGA